AUGGACACUAUCAAUAAUUUACUACUAUCACUACAACCACCAGAUAAGUUCUUAUCAUCGAAGAAAACAGAAGAGUCAAAGAUCGAGUUACUUUACUAUUGUCUAACAACAAAAGGCGACAAUGAAUAUGUUCCCAGUGAAAAAGAUAACGAGGGUGACGAGGAUAAAGAUGAUGAAGACGACGAGCUACACCCAAAUACUAUUAAUCUGAAAAAGGUCGAAUUAAAAUGUACGGAAAUCCGUUCGGCGUGCCAAAUCGCCGAAUUUGAUGAUGCUCGUGUUAUGCUCAUUAAAAAAAAAGAAGUGAAACGUUAUUUGUACAUUGGUGGUAAAUACGAACAUUGGUAA